AUGGAAAACUUCGUCGGCCAGUGGAUGGCAUCCCGCUUGAAUUCAUCUGCCUUUCCCUUCAUCUGCGAAGUCUUCUGUCUGUCGCUCGUACUACCAAAAUGUUUGCGCGCUUUCUACUAAAGCCGGAGCGUUCAUGGGUGUGGAGGGUGUCGCGAGAGAGCUAUGUCCCUGAUAUACCACCCAUUCACGAAAGACCUUACGGAACGGCAGCAUGCCGUGCUGAAUUUUGGGAAUGCAUGCCAGAACACUCUCCAGAUGGCUAUGGACCAAGAACAAUUUGUCUUGUGGAUGAGCUUGAAGAUUUGAGAAUCAAGUUAAACCCACUAACUGACGUAGAAUGGGGAGUAAUUGUUUCAAGACGUCUCGCUGACUGCAAGGCGCUAGAAAUGCAUGCAGGAUUACGUGACAGCUGGUGCCAGCUGCAAGUAGAUGAACACGACAAGGAACUAUGUGCUCUCAAACAAGAACGUGCGCCUAUUUGUUCCAUGAUCACGCAUCCUGUUUUACUUUCGAUUAUUGACGGCCAAUCUAAGAUUCGGGAACGGCUGAAGGGGUUGGGCUUCUACGAAGAGAUGUUAAAGGAUCAUAUAUUGCGAAUGCUGAAGAUCCGAUUUCCCAAGGACAUCGUUCACGCUGUCGUGGAGUUCAGCUUUGAUCGUCUUGUACGAGUCGAUGGUGACCCUAAGGAUGACGAUGCUACCUUAUCAUUAACAUCCCGGUUUCAGCUGCUUGCUAGCGAGUAUCCCCGCGAUGCCACCCACAUUAUCGGAUGCGGUGGAUGGGACUCCAGUAAAAUGACACUCGCUGAACUGGAGCAGGAAGAUAUACGGGUCCAGUGUACCUUAUGUCCGGGAACUAAUGGUGCCAUGAAUGACAUGGCGACAAAGUAUUGGAGAAUCCUCCCCGCUGCCCAGAAGCAACGCUACAUCCUGGAAGUCGAGAUUCCCGAAUCAGAACGAGUGAAAUCAACGUUCGGGUACAUACUGCACAGCGCCAGAGCUUGGACCUGUCUGCUUUGUAACGGGUUAUCCAUUCGGAGGAGACCAUCCGGACAAUUUACCUUGGCCCAAACAGCACGCGUACCAUUGUAAUCGAACCUACAACUUCAUACUCCACCCCCGAAAGAGUACAAAAUCUACAUAACAUACGUUUCGGGGAUUAUUUCAUCGAGACUGCCAUCGUUACACUGAGCUCCCAUCUCUGAUCCCGUGGAAUGAGAACUUUAGCCGCGUGGUUUGCACUUGAAGAAAUAUAGUUACGACCAGAGGGAUUCCCAGCCCUUGGCUGUUGUGUUUAGCGGUGACGGCCUUGUCUUUCAGUCUCAAGUGUAUGAACGAUCU